UUAAUAACAGAGAGACAGUGAGAGAUCAAAGCUACUCCAAAGCUGAGAGGAAGAAUGGCGAAAUCUCAGAUCUGGUUCGGUCUAGCCUUACUCGCGUUACUUGUCGUGUCAUCAGCCGUAGCAGACGAUGUGGUUGUGUUGACGGAUGAUAGCUUCGAGAAGGAAGUUGGUAAAGACAAAGGAGCUCUUGUCGAGUUUUACGCUCCCUGGUGUGGUCACUGCAAGAAACUUGCUCCAGAGUAUGAAAAGCUUGGGGCAAGCUUCAAGAAAGCUAAGUCUGUCUUGAUUGCAAAGGUAGAUUGUGAUGAGCAUAAGAGCGUCUGCACUAAAUAUGGUGUUAGUGGAUAUCCCACCAUUCAGUGGUUUCCUAAAGGCUCUCUUGAACCCCAAAAGUAUGAAGGUGCACGCAAUGCUGAAGCUUUGGCUGAAUAUGUCAACAAGGAAGGAGGCACCAACGUGAAAUUAGCUGUAGCUCCGCAAAGUGUAGUUGUGUUAACACCUGACAAUUUCGAUGAGAUUGUACUGGACCAGAACAAAGAUGUCCUCGUCGAGUUUUAUGCCCCAUGGUGCGGCCACUGCAAGUCCCUCGCUCCUGUGUAUGAGAAGGUAGCGACGGUGUUUAAACAGGAAGAAGGUGUAGUAAUUGCCAACUUGGAUGCUGAUGCACACAAAAGCCUCGGCGAGAAGUAUGGAGUAAGUGGAUUCCCAACACUAAAGUUCUUCCCAAAAGACAACAAAGCCGGUCAAGACUAUGAGGGUGGAAGAGACUUAGAUGACUUUGUAAGCUUCAUUAAUGAGAAAGUUGGGACCAGCAGAGACAGUCAAGGGCAGCUUACUUCAAAGGCUGGUAUAGUUGAACGGUUAGAUGCGUUGGUAAAGGAGCUAGUUGCAGCCAGUGAAGAUGAGAAGAAGGCAAUCUUGUCUCGCAUCGAAGAGGAAGCUAGUAACCUCAAGGGGUCCACAACAAGGUAUGGGAAGCUUUACUCGAAACUCGCAAAGAGCUAUAUAGAAAAAGGUUCAGGCUAUGCUACAAAAGAAGUCGAGCGGCUUGGACGCGUCCUUGGCAAGUCGAUAAGUCCGGUGAAAGCUGAUGAAUUAACUCUCAAGAGAAAUAUCCUGAGCACGUUCGUUGCUUCGUCGUAAAAGGCAAAGCCCUGAGAGUGUAUAGGAGUCGACAGACUCUAUAUUAAACUGAUACAGUUUGUAGAGUCGGUGUUUUGUGGACUUUUUACGUCUGUUGUUAUUUCUGUUUAGUUCCUCUAUACAUUAUCUAUUUAGUUUUUGUUUUGUAUGGAUUCAGUUUCAGGCUUUUCACCUACAAAAGAAAGAAAUAAGAAUAUCUCUACUAGAUGAA